AUGAAUAACUCUCACGAAGGUGAUUUCAGUCCCUUGAAUCCUAAUCCUUUUGAAGAUCCGAAAGUCAGGUUUAGGCAUCAUAGCCUUAUGCAAGACUAUCAAGAACUGCAUAUGGAAACUGAAGCUAUGAGACAAAAGUUGCAGACUAUACGAGAAAGAAAGGCAACACUUAUGUCCGAAGUCCGAUUUCUGCGGCGGAGAUACAGACAUUUGAAACAAGAGCAGCCACAAGAUAUCAAAAAGGUCAGAGGAAGAUCAUCAAAUGGUGGGAAGAAGAAGAAGAGUAAGACGCAAAUCCGAAUAGAAGAAGUGUCUCCUAAUAAGUCAAGUAGUGAUCAUGCGGCCGAAACUAAGCAUGUUUCUCUUCCUGACCUAAACGACUCAGGAAGAGUGGUUAACGAUGAAACAAAAACAAGUGUUAAGAGGAGAGUUCCAUUGUUUGAUCUAAACCAGAUAUCUGGAGAAGAAGAGGAAGAAGCAGUAAACAACAAUGAUGAAGAAAGAAUAAGAGUAGUUGAAGAAAGUAGUUCAUGUAAGCAGAAAGAGAUGAAGCUAUCUUCUUGCAGGAAUGGAGGAAAUGGUUCUUCAAAUAAGAGGAAAAUUUCAUGGCAAGAUCCUGUUUCAGCGCUAAGAGUUUAA